UGCUGCGUCGAUGAAGUGGCCGCCGCACAUGCUUCAUGUGACGCCAUUGUCCACUAUGGUCUGAACCAACUCACUGGUAGGACUUCCUUUAUUCAUAUUUUCUACUUUCGAGACUUUGUUUUGAUAAAGAUAACUGAAUCACUCCCUAAUGCGAUUGCAGCGUUAAUCGAACAUCAGUGCUCAGUGAGCCGUACUCUAGCAAAUCAAUUCUCAAAGCUUUUUCACACGAUUCGGAUAAGGAAUGACACUAGCAGAUAUCUCCAUUUCCCAUUCCGAACUAAGCAAAACCUUUGCCUGAUUCAGGGAUGUUCAUUUUUGGCAGCUUCCCUGUUGAUCUCACAACAUUCGACAAAACGACUGCGAGAACACGUCGACAAUUUCAUUCUGAUCGAGCGACGAUGCCCUGUGCACCUAGUUGAUCCUUCUCAACGAGGACAUCCCAACAUUGAGAACGGUGGAGGAAGCGUGGUACGCUCUCUGGGCCGUUUAGUGUCGCGAGAGUUUUGUGAUGCUACCGCAGUUCAAGUCUGUUUUGUUGGAGAUCCGGCAAGUCCCUUGAUUCCUCUGUGGUUGCUGACUUAUCCUCAGUGUACUUCUCUAGUAUGCUUCGAUCCGCAAACUUCAACAGUAGCGAAACAU